CGCCUACCCAGGCGACGACGGACGCGAUCGCCGCCGAGGCCAAGCAGGCCGAGGCCGCCGCAGCGCUGGCCAAGUCGGCGGCGGUAGAGACUGCUGCCGCCCUGGCGGAGGCGGCCAAGAAGGAGGCGCUGGAGGCCGAGGCCGCGGAAAAGGCCACUGCGGCUCACGACACGCUGCUGGCCGCGGUGUCGGCGGAGCCGCUUGAGGUGGAGGUGGGGGCGGCGGCCGACGCGCUGGCGGCGGCCGAGAGCGCGGGCGUGGCGCUGGAGGCGCAAGCCUCGGCCCGAGCGAAGCUGGACGCGGCGAAGGCGGCGCAGCAGCGGCGCGACGAGGCGCGCGACGCGAUGGGCGCCGCAGUGGCACAGCCGCUGCUGCUGCUGGAGGUGGAGGGGGCGACGGCGGCGGCGGAGCACGCGGCGGCUGCGGGCGUCGGGAUGGCGGAGGUGGCGUGGGCGCGCGAGAAGAUCGAGGAGGCGCGCGAGGCGCAGGGGCGGCGCGAUGCGGCUCAGGCGGCGCUGCAGGCGGCGGUGGCGCCGGCGGCGCUGCAGGUGGACGUGGCGGCGGCGGAGGCGCUGGUGGCGCCGGCCGAGGCGGCGGGCGUGCCAGAGGAGGCGGUGGCGGCGGCGCGCGGUCUUGUCGAUCAGGCGCGCGAGGCGCAGCGGCGGCGCGACGAGGCGCAGGCGGCGCUGCUGGCCGCGGUGUCGGCGGAGCCGCUUGAGGUGGAGGUGGGGGCGGCGGCCGACGCGCUGGUGGCGGCCGAGAGCGCGGGCGUGGCGCUGGAGGCGCAAGACUCGGCCCGAGCGAAGCUGGACGCGGCGAAGGCGGCGCAGCAGCGGCGCGACGAGGCGCGCGACGCGAUGGGCGCCGCAGUGGCACAGCCGCUGCUGCUGCUGGAGGUGGAGGGGGCGACGGCGGCGGCGGAGCACGCGACGGCUGCGGGCGUCGGGAUGGCGGAGGUGGCGUGGGCGCGCGAGAAGAUCGAGGAGGCGCGCGAGGCGCAGGGGCGGCGCGAUGCGGCUCAGGCGGCGCUGCAGGCGGCGGUGGCGCCGGCGGCGCUGCAGGUGGACGUGGCGGCGGCGGAGGCGCUGGUGGCGCCGGCCGAGGCGGCGGGCGUGCCAGAGGCGGCGGUGGCGGCGGCGCGUGCGGCGCUCGAGGUGGCGAGGCAGCAGCAGCAACAACGGCGGCGGCGCGACGAGGCGCUGGCGGCGCUGCUGGCCGCGGUGGCGUCGGACCCGUUGACGAUCGAUGUUGCGGCGGUGACCACCGCGCUCCGUGCGGCGAUGCAGGCCAGCGUCGAGCACGUGCAGCUCGCCGAGCCGCUGAAGAAGCUGGAGAAGGCCAAGGUGCACCAGCGCCGUGCGAAUGCUAGCGAGGCGCUGCGGACUGCGGUGCUCGCCGAGCUCGAGAUGGACUUGGCCGCGGCGGCCGCGGCGGUCAAGGAGGCGGAGUCGGCCGGCGUGCCCGCCGUCGAGAUCGAGGAGGCCAAGUCGCAGAUGUCCGUGGCGGAGACGGCGCAGCAGCAUCGGGCGGAAGCGCUCGCCGCCCUCGAGAAGGCCGUCGGCGUGCCUGCGCUCGAGGUGGACUUGCAGGCAGCGGAGCAGGCAUGGACCAUGGCGGCGCAGGCGAACGUCUCGCCGCAAGAGCUCAAGAACAAGCAGGAUUUGCUCGACAGUGCCAAGGAGGCGCAGCAGAAGCGCGACGACGCCGAGACCGCGCUGCGUGCCGCAGUGAAUGCGGAGCUGCUGCAGGUGGGGGUGCAGGAGGCGACCGCGGCGGCGCAUGCGGCAAGUUCGGCUGGCGUGCAUGUGGAGGUGCUGGCGGCGAUGAAGGCCAAGAUCGACGAGGCUGUGGCGGCACAGCAGCGCCGCGCCGCUGCGUAUGACGUGCUGCAGGCGGCCGUGGCUGGCGCACCACUCGCCGUAGACGUUGAGGCGGCUCUGGGGGCGGCCGCCGAGGCCGAGGAGGCCGGCGCGGUGCAGGCACAGCUGCAACCGGCGCGCGAGAAGAUCGAGGAGGCGCGCGAGGCGCAGGGGCGGCGCGAUGCGGCUCAGGCGGCGCUGCAGGCGGCGGUGGCGCCGGCGGCGCUGCAGGUGGACGUGGCGGCGGCGGAGGCGCUGGUGGCGCCGGCCGAGGCGGCGGGCGUGCCAGAGGAGGCGGUGGCGGCGGCGCGCGGUCUUGUCGAUCAGGCGCGCGAGGCGCAGCGGCGGCGCGACGAGGCGCAGGCGGCGCUGCUGGCCGCGGUGUCGGCGGAGCCGCUUGAGGUGGAGGUGGGGGCGGCGGCCGACGCGCUGGUGGCGGCCGAGAGCGCGGGCGUGGCGCUGGAGGCGCAAGACUCGGCCCGAGCGAAGCUGGACGCGGCGAAGGCGGCGCAGCAGCGGCGCGACGAGGCGCGCGACGCGAUGGGCGCCGCAGUGGCACAGCCGCUGCUGCUGCUGGAGGUGGAGGGGGCGACGGCGGCGGCGGAGCACGCGGCGGCUGCGGGCGUCGGGAUGGCGGAGGUGGCGUGGGCGCGCGAGAAGAUCGAGGAGGCGCGCGAGGCGCAGGGGCGGCGCGAUGCGGCUCAGGCGGCGCUGCAGGCGGCGGUGGCGCCGGCGGCGCUGCAGGUGGACGUGGCGGCGGCGGAGGCGCUGGUGGCGCCGGCCGAGGCGGCGGGCGUGCCAGAGGAGGCGGUGGCGGCGGCGCGUGCGGCGCUCGAGGUGGCGAGGCAGCAGCAGCAACAACGGCGGCGGCGCGACGAGGCGCUGGCGGCGCUGCUGGCCGCGGUGGCGUCGGACCCGUUGACGAUCGAUGUUGCGGCGGUGACCACCGCGCUCCGUGCGGCGAUGCAGGCCAGCGUCGAGCACGUGCAGCUCGCCGAGCCGCUGAAGAAGCUGGAGAAGGCCAAGGUGCACCAGCGCCGUGCGAAUGCUAGCGAGGCGCUGCGGACUGCGGUGCUCGCCGAGCUCGAGAUGGACUUGGCCGCGGCGGCCGCGGCGGUCAAGGAGGCGGAGUCGGCCGGCGUGCCCGCCGUCGAGAUCGAGGAGGCCAAGUCGCAGAUGUCCGUGGCGGAGACGGCGCAGCAGCAUCGGGCGGAAGCGCUCGCCGCCCUCGAGAAGGCCGUCGGCGUGCCUGCGCUCGAGGUGGACUUGCAGGCAGCGGAGCAGGCAUGGACCAUGGCGGCGCAGGCGAACGUCUCGCCGCAAGAGCUCAAGAACAAGCAGGAUUUGCUCGACAGUGCCAAGGAGGCGCAGCAGAAGCGCGACGACGCCGAGACCGCGCUGCGUGCCGCAGUGAAUGCGGAGCUGCUGCAGGUGGGGGUGCAGGAGGCGACCGCGGCGGCGCAUGCGGCAAGUUCGGCUGGCGUGCAUGUGGAGGUGCUGGCGGCGAUGAAGGCCAAGAUCGACGAGGCUGUGGCGGCACAGCAGCGCCGCGCCGCUGCGUAUGACGUGCUGCAGGCGGCCGUGGCUGGCGCACCACUCGCCGUAGACGUUGAGGCGGCCCUGGGGGCGGCCGCCGAGGCCGAGGAGGCCGGCGCGGUGCAGGCACAGCUGCAACCGGCGCGCGAGAAGAUCGAGGAGGCGCGCGAGGCGCAGGGGCGGCGCGAUGCGGCUCAGGCGGCGCUGCAGGCGGCGGUGGCGCCGGCGGCGCUGCAGGUGGACGUGGCGGCGGCGGAGGCGCUGGUGGCGCCGGCCGAGGCGGCGGGCGUGCCAGAGGAGGCG